AUGCAACAGCAUCUCGAUCUUCUUCUUGACGAUUCAUUUGUCGUUGUCGAGGAAAGCGUGUGGUUCCUGGACAUCGUGGCAAUUGCGCUCAAGAAGACCUACCAUCCGGUCGCCCACGAUGCAUACAAUGGGCGACUCGAGACAGUCCAGCGCCAGCUAACCAUCAGGAAGGUUGCCCAAGCUACGCCCCUACACAAACUACUGGCCAGUCGAGGUACCGGUGGUCAGGGACUUAACAUGCAGUUUACAAAUAUUAUUAUAGAUGCGGACCCAGGUGGAAGAAAGAGUGGGAGGAGCAAGCAGCUGAACGAGUUAACCGACCAAGACAACAGAAGCCUACCUUUAUUCGCGAACUGGGAGCCCAGGACUGUGCUGUAG